UCACUUCACAAUCUGCCAUUGAACAAUUGAAGAGGAACAUCAGGAACCAUGGAGGAAGCAGACAACAGCACCAUUGAUCCAGCAUGUUUACAGGAGCCCCCGUUGGCAAUGGAUGUGAUAAAGCAUUGUCUUCACUUUCUGCACCUCUCAGCUCAAAAUAACUGCAGCAACAACAGGCUUUUGUGUUGAAAUAUGCCUCUUCUACGAAUCAGGCUUACAAUUUAUCCUGCUGCUGUGAUAUUUCUAUUUUCAUGUACACUUUAUGCUGACUCCACUCUUUGCUCUUUUUGUGGUGGUCCAAUCAGAGCUAGAUGCGUUUGGGAUGUGCCUGUACGCCAUGCUCACCUUCAUGUCCUGCAUCUCCCUGCUGCUCUACCUGGAGCAGUGUGUUUACAUUUACAAGAAUCUGCCCUACCCCAAAAAGGCCACCAUCAUGUGGGUCAAUGGAGCUGCUCCGGUCAUCGCCACCAUGUCUUGUUUCGGUAUGUGGAUCCCGAGGGCCGUCAUGUUCACAGAUAUGACGUCUAACUGUUAUUUUGCAGUGGUGGUGUACAAAGUGUUGGUCCUUCUGGUGGAGGAGUUGGGCGGCAGCAGUGUAUUUCUGAAGCGCUUUUCUGGCAAAACCUUCAGGAUCUCCACAGGGCCGUGCUGCUGCUGCUGCCUGUGUUUACCUCGUGUGCCCAUGUCACGGCGAAUGCUAUUUCUGCUAAAGUUGGGAGCACUUCAGUAUGCCAUCCUGAAGACGGUGCUCAGUGUUCUCUCCAUUGUACUGUGGACAAACGGCAACUUUGACCUGUCAGACCUGGAGAUCACAGGCACAGCAAUUUGGAUCAACCCAUUCAUCGGUGUUCUCACCAUUACCUCCUUGUGGCCUGUGGCCAUCGUGUUCAUGAACACCAACAGCUUUUUACGCGGGAUCAAUAUUGUGCCCAAGUAUGCCAUGUACCAACUCAUACUUGUAUUAAGCCAGCUGCAAACAUCCAUCAUCAACAUCCUGGCUCUGGACGGAACCAUCGCAUGCUCCCCUCCCUUCUCUUCACAGGCCCGUGGAUCCAUGCUAAGUCAGCAGAUGAUGAUCAUGGAGAUGUUCAUCAUCACCCUGGUCACUCGCUUCUUCUAUCGUCGCACUUAUGACACGCUUUCCUGUGAGGCACAUGACAACGACCACCAGAAGGACAGAGUUUCCCUGCAAGCUGCUCACAUGGAGCAUGACGUCUGAACGAGUGCAGUAAAAGAGGAAAAGAGGCUCUUUAUACGAGCCAUUCAGAGGUGGACUUGCUGGUGUGUUUUGGAUCAUUGUCCUGCUGCAGAACCCAAGCUGGUUUCAGCUUGACGUCAUGAACGGAUGGAAGGACAUUCUCCAAGAUUUUUUGGUACACAGCAGAAUUCAUGGUUCCAUUUAUCACAGCAAGUCUUCCAGGUCGUGAAGCAGCAAAACAGCCCGAUACCAUCACACUACCUCCACCAUAUUUUACUGUUGGUAUGAUGCUCUUUUUCUGACAUGUGGCGUUACUUUUACUCCAGAUGUAAUGGGACACACACCUUCCAAAAAGUUAAACUUUUGUCUCGUCGGACCGCAGAGUAUUUUCCCAAAGGCCUUGGGGAUCAUCAAGAUGCUUUUUGGUAAAAUUGAAGGUCUUGGGGAUCAUCAAGAUGCUUUUUGGGAAAAUUGAGACAAGCCUUAGAGUUCUUUUUGUUCAGCAGUGGUUUUUGUACUGGAACUCUGCCAUGCAGGUCGUUUUUGCCCAGUGUCUUUCUUAUGGUGGCGUCGUUAACACUGACCUUAACUGAAGCAGGUGAGGCCUGCAGUUCUUUGGAUGUUGUUUUGGGGUCUUUUGUGACAUCUAGGGUGAGUCUUCGAUGAGCUCUUGGGGUAAUUUGGCCGGCCACUCUCGGGAAGGUUCACCACUGUUCCAUGUUUUUGCCAUUUGUGGAUAAUGGCUCUCAUUGUGGUUCGCUGGAGUCCCAAAGCUUUGGAAAUGACUUUAUAACCUUUUCCAA